AUGGAACUCCCCUUUGUCUCCGAGACAACCGGCCGACAGCCCCGGGCCAAUUCCUCCUGCGCCGAAUGCAGACGUCGUCGAGUCAAAUGCGAAGGCCAGACCUUUCCCUGUCGGCAAUGCGUCUACUACCUCGUUCCACAUCUCUGCCAUUAUCCUGCUAGGAAAAAAAGACACAAUGUAUCUAUAAAAUCUCACGCCGAACUUACCGAGAGUUACGCCAAGGCCCGGAAGGUCAUCGAAGCGUUGUUCCCCUCCAGCUCACUCGAGGAACUCUCCAGCAUGAACCGUCAGCAGUUGCUGAUACGACUGCAAGCUUCCAAGGCACCUCCACCUGCUACCGACACCGAGCCGCAGGAUCAUCUGCAGGUUUUGGAACCGUCUGUGGAACAAAACUUCACUUGGGAUGAGGUAUCCGAGACCGAAAGCGAGACGUCGCGCGUAGCAGACGAUGUCAAUGGACUUGCCUUCUCACGACAAUCGCUCAAUGCUUCAUACUUAGGUAUAUCCUCGGUCCCUACUAUUCUGAAAGUCAUCGCCCAUCUCUCUCCUCAUGUCCAGCAACGAGUUCCUAAGGGUCCCGAAGCUUGGCGGAGUCCAUCAACCUUGGCUGCUAGUCCAGGUGACAUGGCCUGCCUGCAAGUAGAUGAGAUACCGCUUAUAAACGCCUACUUCAGCCACGUCCAUCUCGUCAUCCCAAUGGUAGACGAAGCCGACUUUCGUCAGCGAUAUCUCCAAUCCAAUACGGAAGAUGAUGAAGCUGGUCCAUGGCUCGCUCUGAUGAACAUGGUGCUAGCUAUGGGCUCAAUGGCGUCAGACUCGAUGCACUUCAACGCGCAUAACCCUUUUUACAAGCGAGCUCUGCCUCAUCUAAACAUCAACUCUUUUGGUUCCGGUCACCUUUAUAUGGUACAAGCAUUGGCUCUGUAUAGUGGAAUGGUGCUUCACUUUCUCAACAAACCGAACAUGGCGGUUGCUGUCAUGGGAGCAACCCUGCAGAUGGCCGUGGCAAUGGGCUUGCAUAGGGUUCAGGCUUCGCAGCCCUCUACGAAUGCAGCCUGCCAUCCCGCUAAUGGCUCGACAGCCACGCGGAUACGUACUUGGUGGUCUAUACUGUGUCUGGAUACGUGGGCUUCGUCCACUUUGGGGCGCCCUAGUCACGGAUAUUGGGACCCAGCUAUAACACUGACCUCGCCCAUGUCAGCCCUCCAAGAUCUGGAUUACGGAACCAUAUCCCUCGCCGCCAGUGAAAAGUUUUGUAGGAUUGCUACCCGGGCACAACAGCGGCUCGCCCGAUUACCUCUGAUCAGCCCCGACGAAGUUGACGAAUUCGACCGCGAGCUUAUUGUAUGGAAAGACUCGUUACACAUGUUUCUGGCUCACCGUGAGCAAUGUCCGCCAAGUGUCAAUACUGCGCGAGCGAUUCUUUGGUGGCGAUGGAUCACAACUCGACUCACACUUUACCGCCCAGGUUUAUUGAUCACAGCGCUGCGUCAGAAGCCAUGGGGUCAAGACAAUACCCGUGAAGCAGCCCAUGCACGAAAAUGUAUCCAGGUCGCAAAAGAGGGUGUAUAUCUAAUGGCCCUAGAUUGGGUUCCGAACCAGUUCCUUUGUUGGAACAGCGCCUGGAACGUUUUUCAGGUGGCAUUGGUUCUCGUUCUAGGGCUGAUAUCUGACAAACAAGAAGCAGAUAAGUUGGAGUGUUACGGAUCCCUGUGCCAGGCGAUUGAAUUAUUUGCUCAGAUGGAGCCGCUUGACGCUGGUUGCACUCGCAGUCGAAAGCUUCUUCAAGGCCUGCUGGAUAAUACCAAGGGUGCUGAGGAAAACACUGCCUCCCCUAUACCUGAAGGGUUGGAUUCUUUUAUACUUGACUAUCUCGGUACAGAUUUAGUUUGGGAAGAUAUGGAUUGGCUAGGAUACCUCUAA